AUGAUUGGAAGUGUUGCUGGACGACAUGUUUCAACCCGUAGACGGGGUAGUGUUAUUUUGUCUGUUGAAGCUUUGGAUGGCAUAAAUUCUCGUAGAUCUACUACACGACGCAAAGCAGUAACAACAAGUGACCAUAAAAGCUGUGCUUUAAUACAAACUAGAUUAAAAAUAGGUGAUAUCAUGCUAGCAGCGGCGCAAGAGGCAGCGCUUUCGGGUCAAACUUCCCGAGGGUAUUUGGAUCGCAAAGUUCCAUAUCUAACAGCUGAUAAAAUGGGUGGCCCAAGUAGUCAAGUGGGCGCACCCCCUGGGAGUGGGCCCUCUUCAUUGUUUAUUCUUUCCGAUGAUAAUAUUAUUAGGAGAUACACAAAAUUUAUAAUAGAAUGGCCACCUUUCGAGUAUGCCGUAUUAUUGACAAUCAUCGCAAAUUGUGUAGUAUUGGCUUUAGAAGAACAUUUACCUGAGGGGGAUAAGACAGUAUUAGCCUUAAAACUUGAAAAGACGGAAGCUUACUUUUUAGGUAUAUUCUGUGUAGAGGCGUCAUUAAAAAUCCUUGCGUUAGGAUUUGUACUUCACAAACACUCCUACCUCAGGAACAUUUGGAAUAUGAUGGACUUUUUCGUCGUAGUUACUGGGUUCAUCACUCUAGCCCCCAUUGAAGCAGGUCAAGGUGUAGAUCUCAGAACUUUAAGGGCCAUACGUGUUUUAAGGCCCUUAAAAUUAGUCUCCGGAAUUCCUAGUUUACAAGUAGUUUUAAAAUCAAUCAUAAAAGCCAUGGCACCAUUACUACAAAUUGGACUGUUGGUCUUAUUUGCCAUUGUUAUAUUUGCAAUCAUUGGAUUGGAAUUUUAUUCUGGAGCACUGCACAAAACGUGUUACCUAUUAGAUGAUAUAUCACAAAUUGCGAAAGAAGGUGAAUGGCCUACGCCUUGUAAUGAAGGGAAUAGAUCUAGUGGGCCCUCCGGAGCUUAUUAUUGCGAUCGAAACACAAGCGUUUGUUUGGAAGAAUGGGAAGGCCCCAAUGCGGGAAUUACAAGCUUCGAUAAUAUAGGGUUUGCAAUGUUAACAGUAUUUCAGUGUAUAACAAUGGAAGGGUGGACUGCAAUAUUAUACUGGACCAAUGAUGCACUAGGAUCUCAAUUUAAUUGGAUAUAUUUUGUACCCUUAAUCGUAUUGGGUUCAUUUUUCAUGCUCAACUUAGUUCUUGGUGUUCUUAGCGGUGAGUUUGCUAAAGAAAGAGAAAAAGUAGAAAAUAGACAAGAGUUUCUUAAACUUAGAAGACAGCAACAAUUAGAGAAAGAGUUAAAUGGCUAUGUUGAAUGGAUAUGUAAAGCUGAGGAAGUUAUAUUGGCUGAAGAGCGUACUACUGAAGAAGAACGAUUACAUAUAAUGGAGGCGAGAAGACGAGCAGCAGCAAAGAAAAAGAAAUUAAAAAACCUGGGAAAGUCCAAGUCAACUGAUACAGAGGAAGAUGAAGGCGACGAUGAUAUAGGAGACGAUGGAUAUCUUAAAUCAAAAGUAAAAAAUCAAGGAAAAUGUAAGGGAUUUUGGAGAGCAGAAAAGCGACUGCGAUUUUGGAUUCGACAUACUGUAAAACAACAGUGGUUUUACUGGUUUGUUAUCGUUUUGGUUUUCUUUAAUACCGUUUGUGUUGCUGUAGAGCAUUAUGGACAACCAAGUUGGCUCUCAGACUUUUUAUAUAUUGCUGAAUACGCAUUUCUUGGAUUAUUCAUGAUGGAAAUGUGGAUAAAAAUGUACGCGUUAGGACCUAGAAUUUACUUUGAAUCUUCAUUCAAUCGGUUUGACUGUGUGGUUAUUAGCGGAUCUAUAUUCGAAGUAAUAUGGUCGGAAGUGAAAGGUGGUUCUUUUGGUUUGUCAGUUUUACGUGCACUUAGACUUUUAAGAAUAUUUAAAGUAACAAAAUAUUGGUCAUCAUUGAGAAAUCUAGUUAUCUCAUUGUUGAAUUCAAUGAGAUCCAUCAUAUCUCUUCUCUUCUUGCUCUUCUUGUUCAUUCUAAUAUUUGCUCUCCUUGGAAUGCAAUUGUUCGGUGGACAGUUCAACUUUCCCGAGGGAACACCUCCAACUAAUUUUAAUACUUUCCCGAUUGCACUUUUGACCGUAUUUCAAAUUCUCACUGGCGAAGAUUGGAAUGAAGUGAUGUAUCAGGGAAUAGUGUCGCAAGGUGGACACAAAAAAGGAAUGAUUUAUUCUUUGUAUUUCAUUAUAUUGACCCUGUUUGGUAAUUACACGUUGCUGAAUGUGUUCUUGGCUAUCGCUGUCGAUAACUUGGCGAAUGCUCAGGAACUUACUGCAGCUGAAGAGGAACAAGCAGAAGAAAAUAAAGAAAAACAACAAAUGGAGUUAGACAAAGAAAUGGAAGCUCUUCAAUGUCAGGCAGAUGGAGGCGAUAUGGAGCAAAGUAACGAUGGAAAGGCAAAAGGGAAGAAAAAAGAGACAAAGAAAGAUGACGAUGAAGAUGAUGUACCGGAAGGCCCAAAACCAAUGUUGCCAUAUUCAUCAAUGUUUGUGUUGUCACCAACGAACCCAAUACGACGAGGCGCUCAUUGGGUUGUCAACUUACGUUACUUUGAUUUUUUCAUCAUGGUUGUUAUAUCGUUAUCAUCAAUUGCCUUAGCAGCAGAAGAUCCAGUUGAAGAAGAGUCUACUCGAAAUGAAAUAUUAAAUUACUUCGAUUAUGCCUUUACAGGAGUAUUUACCAUAGAAAUGUUAUUGAAAAUUGUAGAUUUGGGUAUAAUACUGCAUCCUGGUAGUUACUUAAGAGAAUUUUGGAAUAUAAUGGACGCAGUCGUUGUAAUAUGUGCAGCCGUGAGUUUUGGUUUCGAUAUGAGUGGAAGCUCAGCUGGACAAAAUUUGUCAACCAUCAAAUCAUUACGAGUACUUCGGGUACUUCGACCGUUAAAAACAAUUAAACGGGUACCUAAACUAAAAGCAGUAUUUGAUUGUGUUGUCAAUUCAUUGAAGAAUGUGAUCAACAUUUUAAUAGUAUAUAUACUAUUUCAAUUUAUAUUUGCUGUAAUCGGUGUCCAGUUAUUUAACGGAAAAUUUUUUUACUGUACUGACGAUAGUAAACAUACAAAAGAAGACUGCCAGGGUUCAUAUUUUGCCUUUGAUAGUGAAAGCAUUCUUCCUAGACAAGAACCUAGAGAGUGGAAGACUCAAACAUUCCAUUACGAUAAUGUUGCCACUGCAAUGUUAACAUUAUUUGCCGUUCAAACAGGCGAAGGAUGGCCUCAAGUGUUACAAAACUCAAUGGCGGCUACCUACGAAGAUAAGGGUCCAAUUCAAAAUUUUCGAAUAGAAAUGUCCAUAUUUUACAUAGUAUAUUUUGUGGUGUUUCCGUUCUUCUUUGUAAACAUAUUCGUGGCCUUGAUUAUUAUAACUUUUCAAGAACAAGGUGAAGCAGAAUUGCAAGAUGGAGAAAUCGACAAAAACCAGAAAUCUUGUAUUGACUUCACUAUUGGAGCUCGACCCCUGGAGCGAUAUAUGCCAAAAGAUCGAAACAGUUUCAAAUAUAAAGUAUGGAGAAUAGUGGUUUCCACUCCCUUUGAAUACUUUAUUAUGAUGCUUAUUGUAUUUAAUACUCUUUUAUUGAUGAUGAAGUAUCAUAAUCAAAGUAAAACUUAUGAAAAGUAUCUAAAAAACCUCAACAUGGUGUUUACGGGAAUGUUUAGCGUUGAAACAGUGCUAAAGAUAAUUGGAUUUGGUGUCAAGUUUCAUGAUGCACCGCCAUUAUUGAUUGAUAUUCUCAGCUUCAUGAAUUUGGUAUUUACCUUAUUCUUUUUAUUGGAAACAACACUGAAGUUGAUCGCAUUUGGAUGUAAGAAUUUUUUCAAAGAUGCGUGGAAUGUCUUUGAUUUUAUUACCGUCAUUGGAAGUAUUAUAGAUGCACUUGUUUUGGAACUGGGAGAAAACUCAUUUAAUGUUGGAUUUCUAAGACUCUUUCGCGCAGCUCGUUUAAUAAAAUUGCUCCGUCAAGGCUACACCAUUCGAAUUCUCUUAUGGACCUUUGUGCAGUCAUUUAAAGCUCUUCCAUAUGUUUGUUUAUUAAUUGCUAUGUUGUUUUUCAUAUAUGCCAUUAUUGGAAUGCAGGUGUUUGGAAAUAUUUCGUUAGACCCUUCCUCUUCAAUUACAAGGCAUAACAACUUUCGUUCGUUUGUUGAUGGACUUAUGCUACUAUUCAGGUGUGCAACAGGUGAAUCGUGGCCAAGUAUUAUGCUUGAUUGCUUAAAAACCAGACCAUGUGACCCUAAAGCAAAUAAACCAAACGAAUUAUGUGGAUCCACGUUAGCGUAUGGAUAUUUUGUUUCAUUUAUAUUUUUUUGUUCAUUCUUGAUGCUUAACUUGUUCGUUGCUGUUAUUAUGGACAAUUUCGAUUAUUUAACGAGAGACUCUAGUAUUUUAGGAGCGCAUCAUUUGGACGAAUUCGUGCGAAUUUGGGCAGAAUAUGAUCCUAAUGCAACAGGAAAAAUUCAUUACACAGAAAUGUAUGACAUGUUGAAAAAUAUGGAUCCUCCAUUGGGUUUCGGUCAAAAAUGCCCUAAUCGGUUAGCAUAUAAAAAACUGAUUCGGAUGAAUAUGCCUUUGGAUGUAGAUGGGAAAGUGAACUUUACUACAACAUUAUUUGCGCUAAUUAGAGAAAAUUUAAAUAUCAAAAUGAGAUCAGCGGAGGAAAUGGAUCAAGCUGAUUCGGAGCUUAGAGAAACAAUAAAACACAUUUGGCCUCUGCAAGCAAAGAAAAUGAUAGACUUACUGGUCCCAAGAAAUGAUGAGUUGAAUGCGGGAAAACUAACAGUCGGCAAAAUAUACGGGGGGUUACUUAUACUGGAAUCAUGGAAAAAUACAAGAUUUGGUCAGCUAGAAUCUGAAAUGCCGGCAAAAGAUGCAAUCAAAAAUAGUUCAACGGCCAGACAGCCGAAGCCGUCAAUUUUUAACACCAUACUAGAUAUAGCAGUGUUAGAAAAAAACACUGGAUCUCGCACCGGAUCACUUAGUUUGGACACGUCAAAUGACAUACUUAAUUCGCAAAUGCACUUAUUACACGGUCAUCACAAUGGAGAGGCUGAACAUGCACCAAUGAUUGCGGAUUUGGCGCGUCGCACCACUCUAAGGAAAAGGUCACUCAGGAACAAAAAGGUGAAAAAUCGCUUGGAUAUUCGAGAUUCAUCAAGGCAUCCAUCAAUGGAAUCAAUUCCCGAUGAUGGCCAUUUACAUCCUGGUCAUGCACUGAAUGGUCAUCGACGUUCGCCAAGCCUUAGAAGAUCUCCAUUAGUAAGAACACCUAGUCCACGGAGAAGACAUAUGCAUCACGAUAUAGGAUUCUCGGAUACUGUUUCAAAUGUUGUAGAGAUUGUGAAAGGGGAACACAGAAGAGGUAGAUACUUUGGACUGCCAAACGCUCGCUUUUCUAGAGGUUCGUGGUCCGCAUCAACAAGUCCAGCACGGUCUCCUUCACCUGCUCAUUAUCGCAUUCAUGGAGGGCAACACGGUAGACCUAGUCGAAAAUAUCAACUGCAACAUCCAUCGUUUGGAACAACCAGUUUAGAACAGAGAUCACGAUCGCCCAGCCCAGCUAGAUUACAGGAGAUGCAUGACAGAGAUAUGUACAGAAAUGAAAUGGGUGGAGGUGGAUCUAGCUACCCAGUUUUAGUUGGAAGAAGAGGCCGACGACUGCCACCUACUCCCUCAAAACCAUCAUCUUUACAAAUAAAACCAACAAAUAUAAAUUUCCCUAAGUUAGCUGCAAGUCCUACACACGCUGUUCAUACCACACCACACAGUGUGCAUUCAUUGCCACAUUAUCGUGAUUCUUAUCGUGAUCAUAGAGAUAGAGACUUUUUGUAUCGUACCAGGGAUUGGGAUAGAGAUCAAUUGAUGAGGUACGAGUAUAGAGACAGAGAACGUGAGCUUUUUGAGCGGGAAAGAGCUAGACAUCGUGAAUACGAAAGAGAUUAUGAAAGGGAAUACGAAAGAAUGGAGAACCAAUUACCACUUUCAUACGAGCAAGCACUAGCAAUGGGUAGAAGCGGUCGUCUUUUAACUUCUCCAAUUUUGAAUGGUUAUAAACCGAAAUCCACUAUACAUCAAAGACAUUCGGAUUCUGAUGAAGAAGAUUGGUGCUAACACACAUUGAUGCCAUACAAUUCAUACAAAAACCAAUUUUGGGUUUAAAACGCAUAUAUUGAAAUACAUUUGUGAAGUAGAGUAAGUUCGAUUGUUAAACAUAUCUUAGAAAGAAAAGAUAGAUGAAUGAGUAAUAGUAAAAAAAGUAUUUAUCGUAGAUAACAAUUAAAACAAUGUCCAUAUUUUUCACUUUUUAUUGCUAUAUUUUCUAUUAAUGUAUACAAAAUAUGAGCUAGUUAAGUUUAAUUUUAAAAUUUAAUUUACCGUAAGGAUUGAUAAUAAAAUUAGUGGAAACUUUCAUUUUCACAAGAGGCAGACACCCUUGAAAUGAGUUCUUAAACUUUUCAUUUGAUAAAUAAAAAAAAUGAUUAAAUUAUCAGACACACGACAAAAUUUAAUAUAAGUUUUAUAUCUGCUCAC